AUGGACGGGUCGCAGUAUGGCCAUCAAGGCAAUGGGAUGAGCAAUACCAAUUCGCCCUACCCCUCCAACGUCUCGCCCCACCAGCUGCAGCAGCAGCAACAACAGCAGCAGCCACAGCAACAGCAGCAACAGCAGCAGUCCUCCUCUCAUCACCACACCACGCUGCCCCCCAUGCAAGCCACCCAGCAGGCCACUCAGCAAGCCACGAUGCCUGCUCACCUCAAUCAGUACCCGGGCAGCGCGCCACACACCCCGCGGAAUGGGUCAACCCCUGGCACUCCUGUCUCCGCGAAUAACCCCAUGGGGAACUUGAUUAAUCAAAUAGGCGGCCAGCGCUUCGCCCCCAUGAUGCCCUCCACCAACUACCACCAAGGGGAUACCAGAUACGGGCUUCCCCAGGCCGCCAUUGCCAUGUCCCAACAACAGCCAAUUGCCUCCGCGUCUCUGCUAAGUCGCGGCAACCAGCCCAUUCGGCCCAUGCCCCAAAACGGUAUGCAGAUGCAGCCGGGUAUGCAUCCUUAUGGCCAAAACAACAUGCUCAUGCAGGAUAUGGAGCCCCCUACACACGUCGUCGGAUCGCAAGGUCGGAGAGGUAUCCUGCCCAGCGCGCCAGGCAGACCCGCCGUAUCGGCCAACUCCUCCGGUAAGCACGCGUUGAUUCCCGCCAAGGACGCCGAUGGAAAGUUCCCUUGCCCUCACUGCACCAAGACGUACCUGCAUGCAAAGCACCUGAAGCGACAUCUUCUCAGACACACCGGAGAUCGUCCCUACAUGUGUAUUCUGUGCAGAGAUACUUUCUCCCGCAGUGAUAUCUUGAAGCGUCACUUCCAGAAGUGCUCCAUACGUCGCGGAAACCCAACCGGUGCCAGCCAUCUUUCCCACUCUCAAGCUCACUUGAAGAAGCCGAACUCCGGCCCGCACCGUAGUACCAAUUCCAUGCCCGACGGAAAUGAGCUCAUGGGUGUCAAUGGCAUGAACGGCGGAUCGAUGAAUGGUGGAUCGAUGAAUGGUGGAUCGAUGAACGGUGGAUCAAUGAACGGCGGAUCGAUGAACGGUGGAUCGAUGAGCUCUAACCCGUUCGGCAUCUCCCCAGAUGGAUCUUGUCCCGACGCCACCGCGAACUUGACCGACGAGCAACAAGAGCAGAUGCGCCAACGAGGGCUUGGUGGACUGGGAGGUAGGCACGGUAAUCGUAUGCCUGGGCCCAGCCCAGGAGGCUCGAACCGAACUAGCUUUGAUCAGCAAAGUUAUGCCGGAUCGGUGACGAGCAUGGCCCCUGGUAUGAAUCCUUCACUCGCGUUCAGUAUGCAACACACUCGUCAGAACGGUCACUCAUUUACUCAGGGCUAUGAUUAUGCCUCCCACGGCAACAGCACCUCCUUGCCGACUCAACCCCCGGCCAGCCAAGACUGGUCGCAAAUGUUCCAGCCCCCUCCGCCUACCGCGUACACCAUUAAUCCGUACAAUCCCAACGUUGCCGAUGCCCCCGUCUUGAUCAAGCAGGAAUUCAGGUCUGAGCCAUCUAUCAACAACAACAACUCUAACGAUGCGAUUUUCACAGGUAUCUACGGCAGCGUUCCCAGUGGUCCCAACCAGCCAUCGUCAUGUGCUGCCUGGAACCUGCAGAGUGAUCCUCUCGAGGAGCUAUCCAACAGACUCAUAUUCUUCUGCUUUCCACAAAACCAAAUUAUUGGUCGUAGCAACAACAUUCGCAACUACCUCACCGCUGCAAAUAUCAAGCAUCUUUUGGAGCGGUUUACCAGCUUUCAGGGUCACUUCCCCAUCAUCCAUAUGCCCACGUUCCAGAUUGCGGAGGCAUUUGACGGUCUCUUGCUGGCGAUCAUCUGCAUUGGUGCUGUAUAUAGCGAUCGCAUUCCCGCUACUCAAGUGCGUGAAAUGAUGGAGCUUGCCAAGCUUGCCAUUGAACGAAACUCGCAGGUCUUUUCAAUCGUGUCCCGGGAACAGACUGGUGAUUCUGGCUUUGGUGGUGAGACUAUCGGUUCGAGCAAGUCCGAAUUGGAGCAGAUUACCGCGAUUUACAUGAUGCAGAUCCUCUUCACCUGGAACGGCACUCCUGUGCAACGUGAGAAGGCUCGCAGAGACUUCCCCAUUAUUGCCGAGAUCGCUCGACGAGCAGGCCUGACCAAGCCAAUGACCAUCUCCCCGCGCAGUAUCUUGCACCAGCCAAAUGUCCCUGUCGAGAACUUGGACGCCGCCAGCUUCGACUGGAAUGCGUGGGUCGAGCAGGAGAAGCGCUCCCGACUGAUGUUUGCUAUUUUCCUCUUAGAUUCCGUCAUGGUCAUCUUCUUCAAUACCCCGCCACGUUUCGAGCGAGACGAGAUUCGUCUUCCUCUGCCUGCCGAUGAUGCUGCCUGGGACGCUCCAUCUUCUUCCGAAUGUGCUGAAGCUCUGGGCUUGUGUGGUCCUGCUGCGGCACGCGAUAAGAACCCAGAAGGCAGUCGCCAACCCAAACAACCCGACUUUGCAGCCUCCAUGAAGGCGCUCCUGUACGGCGAUGGGCUUGUGACCGCAGGGACCAAUCUCUACUCUAAGUUCAUCCUGGUUCACGCCCUGCACGUCCAACUUUGGGCCGCUCAGCGUCAUCUUUCUCAGCAAGAAUCUAGCCAACCGGUAGCAUUCCCUGUGAGUGGCAGUAGCACACCAGACUGGAGGAGAGGAGAUAUCUCUAGUAGUGGUGCACACAGCACCAAUACCAGUGGUCGAGCCACCCCGACCGACUCGGCCGGCCAGUCCGCGCAGGCCAUCAAGUCGCUCAACGUGGCAUUUGACAAGUGGAAAAAGACCUGGGACGACGAUAUCGCUAUCCAGUACCCGCCCUCGUCUUCCAACUACCGCCGAUUCGGAUUCUGUCGGGACGCCAUCCACUUCUACUGGCUCGGCAAAUACCUCGUGCAGAACGUCCGUGGUCUCGACUGCGGGACGGCUCCCGACCAGCGCUUUUCUGAGAUGAUGCAGCUGUUGAAGUCGGUGAAGACUUGGGUUCAGGCCGAUACUUCAAAGCGUGGUGAGGAACUGGGCUCCGUCAACGAUAUUCACAAGGACUACGGCGUGACGGACCUGACACUGGACAUGGCUCAACUCUUCAAGCCGAUCAAUCAACACAUCGACUCCCCCGUCCCGGGUGUACAAACGAACAUGAGCAACAAUAGUAUGGGUUAG